CAAAGCUGGGCUCAGCCUCUGCUUUUUCUCUCGUGUAAUCACAAAGCCCAUUUUGGACCAGGAAUUCCAAUCAUGUCUGUGAUGGUGGUGAGAAAGAAGGUGACACGGAAAUGGGAGAAACUCCCAGGCAGGAACACCUUCUGCUGUGAUGGCCGCGUCAUGAUGGCCCGGCAGAAGGGCAUCUUCUACUUGACCCUCUUCCUCAUCCUGGGGACGUGUACACUCUUCUUUGCCUUCGAGUGCCGCUACCUGGCUGUUCAGCUGUCUCCUGCCAUCCCUGUGUUUGCUGCCCUACUUUUCCUUUUCUCCAUGGCUACACUGUUGAGGACCAGCUUCAGUGACCCUGGAGUGAUUCCUCGGGCCCUACCAGAUGAAGCAGCUUUCAUAGAAAUGGAGAUAGAAGCUACCAAUGGUGCGGUGCCCCAGGGCCAGCGACCACCCCCUCGUAUCAAGAAUUUCCAGAUAAACAACCAGAUUGUGAAACUGAAAUACUGUUAUACAUGCAAGAUCUUCAGGCCUCCCAGGGCCUCCCACUGUAGCAUUUGUGACAACUGUGUGGAGCGCUUCGACCAUCACUGCCCCUGGGUGGGGAAUUGUGUUGGAAAGAGGAACUACCGCUACUUCUACCUCUUCAUCCUUUCUCUCUCCCUUCUCACAAUUUAUGUCUUUGCCUUCAACAUCGUCUAUGUGGCCCUCAAAUCCUUGAAAAUUGGCUUCCUGGAGACAUUGAAAGAAACUCCUGGAACUGUUCUAGAAGUCCUCAUUUGCUUCUUCACGCUGUGGUCCGUCGUGGGACUGACUGGAUUUCACACUUUCCUCGUGGCUCUCAACCAGACAACCAAUGAAGAUAUCAAAGGAUCAUGGACAGGGAAGAAUCGUGUCCAGAAUCCCUACAGCCAUGGCAACAUUGUGAAGAACUGCUGUGAAGUGCUGUGUGGCCCCUUGCCCCCCAGUGUGCUGGAUCGAAGGGGUAUUUUGCCAUUGGAGGAAAGUGGAAGUCGACCUCCCAGUACUCAAGAGACCGGUAGCAGCCUUUUGCCACAGAGCCCAGCCCCAACAGAACAUCUGAACUCAAAUGAGAUUCCGGAGGACACUAACACUCCCGAAGAGAUGCCACCUCCAGAGCCCCCAGAGCCACCACAGGAGGUGACUGAAGCUGAGAAGUAGCCUAUCUAUAGAAAAGACUUUUGUUUGUGUUUAAUUAAUGCUAUGAGAAAUUUCAUGGGAGAAGAUAAAACCUGAGACAGAGAGCAAGUAAGCUGUCCAUCUUACGGUCUUUCUUUGGUCUUUAGUUACUCAAUUGCACACUGGCAUUUUCUUGCUGCAAGCUUUUAUAAAACAUUUUUUAAAAAAGUUUAUUUCUGGUGAAGAUGUCAGUCACCGCUGGUAACUGGAUAAAUGAGUCUCUUGGGCCUGGCACUGGUUUUCCAUGGCCUCAGCCACUCCCCUGGACUCCUCUCUCUCUUCCCUCCAGGUCCCAGCUCUCUGCUUGGGAUCAUUGCUUUCAUUCUGGGGCUAAAGGUUCUUGGGACUGGCUCAAAUUGUCUCAAGCUGCUGCAUGUCCCAAGUCCAGAGGCAGUAACAGGAACCUCUAGCCAGGGAAUCCUAACUGGGUUCUUGGGGCCUUCAGAAUGAUGAGGAUGGAGAGUGAGAUUGGAGGAUUCCCCUGGCUACAAAGUGCCAGCAUUGCCAGCUAAUCCUUUUAGGAAUGGGGCAGGUACCUUCCACUUGUUGUAUUUAUUCAUGUAGCUUCUCCUUUGUCCCCCAACCACUCUCUAACACCCAAGCCCCACUCUUUUCCCAUUAGAUAUACGUAAGUAGUUGUGGUAGAGAUAACAACUUACAUUUCUUGUAGACUACCCAGAAACUUUAAUUCCUGUGCCAUUCUCAAUAAGCACUUAUGAGAUGCCAAUGGUAUAGCCCCUCACACUCUCUGUCUCAUCUCUACUCCUUUCUCAUUAGCUCUUUUAAUUUUUUUUGACUCUUGCUCCCAUUAGGAGCAGGAAUGGCAGUAAUAAAAGUCUGCACUUUGGUGGUUCUUUUUCCUCAGAGGAAGCCCAAGUGCUCACUUAAACACUAUCCCCUCAGACUCCCUGUGUGAGGCCUGCUGAGGCCCUGAAUGCACAAAUGUGGAAACCAAGGCACAAAGAGGCUCUCCUCUCCUCUUCCUCUGUGUCCCCUCAAAACAAAACAAAACAAAAACAAAAACAAAAACAAAAAGAAAGAAAAGGCUAACCAGUACUUCCAUUAAGCCUCAGCUGAGUGAGGGAAAGCCCAGCACUGCUGCCCUCCCGGAUAACCCACUCCAAGGUCUCCGCCCACCUCGGGCUAUGGUAACCACACCGGGGGCUUCCUGCAAGCCCUGCUCUUCCAGCACUUCCACCGACAGAGUCCCAGAGCCACUUCACCCUGGGGGUGGGCUGUGGCCCCCAGUCAGCUCUGCUCAGGACCUGCUCUAUUUCAGGGAAGAAGAUUUAUGUAUUAUAUGUGGCUAUAUUUCCUAGAGCACCUGUGUUCUUCUCUUUCUAAGCCAGGGUUCUGUCUGGAUGACUUAUGGGGAGGGGGAAAGUGCAAACCAGAACUUUUAAUCUAUUUGAAGGCAAUUAAACUGUGUCUAAUGCAAACUGCCUGCCUCCUCCUUCCCCCUUCCAUUCCAAGAACCACCUUGGGGAUGUGAAUGUGUUUGUGUAUAGGGUGGGGGUGGGGGUUGGAAAGGGUUGCUUGUUACUACCCAUACUUCCAUUUUCCAGGGUGCCCUUGGGUAGAAGAGAUAGCUCCCAAACUCUCCAUUGACUUAUUCUACAUUCUGGGCUGAAGUUUAUCUUAUUCUGGAUUAUGAAGAAAGGCCUUUGAAGGCAGUAUGUAAUGUGAACAAGAUCGGGAGGGUAGGGGGAUUAUAUUUAUUUAAGAGAACAAGGUCUUUAUUAGGCUAUUUUUUUUAAGCAGAUGGCUACUGCUAAUUGCAAAUGAGUCUUGGUUAUUAAAGCAGACUCAUCAGAGCCUCCCCUUGGAAAUAUUUUGUUAAUGAUCUUUUACAAGUGAUGGUAUAUAUUUCUUUUUAAAUGGUCUGUAAUCAAGACCCCUUUCCAAUACCUAUCUCACUGUUCCCAGUUAAUUGGAAUUAAUGAAAUCUGGCCACUCCCCAUUUUUUCUCUAUGUCUUCCUAUUUUCCUUGAAGCAGGAUUUGAGUUUAGUAUUCCUGAGGGAGAGAGAGAUUGGGAGAGAGACUGGCUCACAUUCCUCUCCUAUCAGUUUCUACUUUCCCAUUCUUUUUCUCUCUUAGUUUUUUCCUCUCAGAUUUUAUUUAUUUCAAAACAAGGCCAAGCCUGGAGAGUUUGGAAGUUAUUAGAUUUUUACAGUUAACCUGCCACUCAUAUGAACUCCUUUAGUCAGGACUCAGCCCAUCUCCUCUCCUGGGCUAGGAUGGAUUUCUCUCCUCCCUCAACUUACCUCAACCACUCUCCUGCAGACUUGUAGGUCAGUCAGAGAAGCUUUCUCUUUCUGAUGUGAAGGGUCAAAAUGGAAAUCUCUUAUCUUUAGUGUGAAAUGACUUUUUAAAAAGUUUCUGCUUUUUCAUACUCCCUGCCCUCUUUCUUGUCCUUUAUAAGUCUUCUUUAUUUACUUAGUAUUAUAUAUCUAGUAUUUAAGACUGUGGCCUGAAGAUCUGUCCCGUUCAUACCAUGCACCAGCUGGGACUGUCCCUAGCCUGAGUUCUGAUUAUAGGAGAGACUGAAAAAUUGAUCUUUCCCAGAGUGGGGUGGGGAGGAGGAAGGCCUUAAAUUGUUGGGCUGACACUGUCUCCAACUCUCCCCUUCCUCCCCAUUCCUCCAGCUUCCUAUGCACCCCACCUUCCCAGGCCAGGAUGGUUGGCGCUGAUCCAGAACUCCUGGGGGCAGGUGGAAUUGGGCUAUGUUGGGCCAUUUCUUUAUAUCCAGUUGGCUCUGAAGCCUCGCUGGCCCUAGCUGAGAUCAUCUCUGUCUUUGCUUUUCCCCCCAGGAGUGGGGUUGGAUUAGAAGUGGGUUCUAAUUCUACAGCAGCUAAAGUCCAUUCUUCCUGUCUAUACCAUCCUGCCUUUACCCCUGAGGCCCCUUUCCAACUGACCAAAUCUCUUUACUUUGUGGGGGGAAAAUGUAUAUUGUUUUUAAAUCUAUUUUCUAACAAAUGCAAUUUAAUAUGUAAAUCUCUGCACUUUUGUGUGAGCCUACAAAUGUGUAUGUGUUGGGGGUUUUUCACUCUCUGGUAUUUCUUAAUAAAGAAAUCUUUCUUUUGAGGGGAAGCCAAUUAA